ACCACACAUUCAACAAGAGGCAGCCACCAGAGAAUACCUAUGCAGGCCUGGGCACCUUUGAUUCCCCUUGAUUGGGCGGAUUCAGUAACCCAUGUCCCCGACCAGGCAACCAUGUACUGCCACGCUGUGCAAGUCAGGGCUGGGCCUCAGCGCGCGUAGUAUAGAGCAAUUGAGGCUCCAGAUAGCUAGCCUCGUCAGAUUCCUCAACAACAACAACAAGAGGUUAUCGAUUGAUGACGAUGUCCAACCCUUUGAAGCGAGUUAUGAAUCCCGUCGAGGAGGUAGACGAUGCCACCCCGUAUCAGCAAGAAAUAUGGCAGUACUUUGGUACCUUUCCCGAUACACCACGACAGAGUCAACAUCACGGAAGUGACAUUCCCGUUAUGCAACCAGCGAACUCUCUACCAGAUCUGUUUGGCGACUACAACCCAACCAGCGAGCUUGCAGAAUGGGGAAAUAGCAUGGCCUUGCCAAACUUUGACUCGUCCCAAUUGACCCCCAUUUCAUUCCAAGAGAACUCGCCCUCGCCGUCUAUCACGCCGGAAUCAACGCAAUUGAGAGCCAAGUCUGUCACUUCGGCAGACGACGAAGAGACCAUAUGCUACGGAAAGCUGCACAACCUUGACGUCAAGCUCGUAGGCGAGAUGCAAAUUAUCGACAGCAAGCUGGGCAAAAGCUCGGCCGGCUACGAGCGCUUCAAGCUCAACGAGCAGCAGGACCACGUCCUCUUGUGCUUCCCCGAUGACGGCGAGGAAUUCGGCUACCUGCGCUCCGGCGUAGGCAAGACGCUCGCACCGCUGUUGGCCAAGUCAUACGUCGAGUUCGAGCCCAUCGCGACCACGUCCAACCUGAAGGAGACCAUUGGGCGCGCCAAUAAGCCGGCUGAGGCAAUGGUCAAGGUCGGCAUCAACGUGUACGGGCGGCGGUGGGCCGCGGCAGAGGUAGGUGACGCGCUCUCACGCGGCAAGCUGUGGCUGCAGAAGCCGGGCCAUACGAGGCGUGGAGUGGCAUACGAUAACCCGCACUUCUUACCUCUCAAGAUCAAUGGCGUCCAGGUGCAGCCAGUUCAGCCUGUGAGCCGAGUUCCCAACGAGGGGCUUGCGGGCAAGAAGCACCGGGAGGGGCGGUUGAGGAAGAUGGUCGAGGAGGUGUACAAGUCUCUGGGCAGCACUCGGCAUCUUGACAUGGUGGAGGGCGGGAAUAGGGUCACCGCGGAGCUGCUCAAACACCAACAAGAAGCACUGGGCUUCAUGCUGGAGAGAGAAUCCGGCCAUAUAAACGACAAGUACAGGCUUUGGAAGACGGUCACUUUAGAAGAUGGGAGGGAAGAGUAUCGCCACAGAAUCACAAAGGCCAAGGCCAAGCAGGGCAUCAAGCCAAAUGAGAGAGGAGGCGGUAUUCUAGCCGACGAAAUGGGCAUGGGGAAAUCUUUGUCUAUCCUUGCCCUGGCCAUGAGGACUCUCGACGACGGGGAGGAAUGGGCUCAGCAGCAGAACGACGGUGCUGAAGGCAAGGGGCCGCUCAAGUACUCGCGCUCUACGCUUGUGGUAGCCCCGUCUGCCCUCCUCAUCAACAACUGGAUGGAUGAAAUCAAAAAGCACUUGAAAGGAGGCCUUACGGUAAUCAAGUACCAUGGCCCUAGGAGACCGAAAGACCUCGAAAAGAUCUCAGAAUCCGACAUAGUCGUAACCACAUACAACACCCUCACUACUGAAUUUCAGGCCAAGUCGAAGCCCUCUCUCCUCCACCGGAUUGGCUGGUACAGAGUCGUCCUUGACGAAGCGCACAUCAUCCGCCGCCCAGCCACGGCUUUCUACCACGCCUGCAGCGACCUCCACGCUAACUCGCGGUGGUGUCUCACCGGCACGCCCAUCCAAAACAAGCUUGCCGACCUCGGCGCGCUCUUUGCCUUCAUCCGCGCCGAGCCCUUCUCGAAAGCCGCCAUUUUCCGCAAGUGGAUCGAUAUCCCCUUCGAGCAAAGUAUCUACGACCCAACCGUCGUCAAGAACCGCCUCAUCAUGCUCCUCGAGGCCCUCUGCCUGCGCCGCACGAAGGACGUCAUCAAGCUUCCGGGGCUGCGACAACGCAUGCGCACGCUCGUGCUCUCCCCGGCAGAGCGCAAACAGUACGAGAACACGAGCAAGAUUCUGAUGCGCAAGAUCCGGCACCGCGUCAACGGGGUCGACAAGAUUUACAAGUUCGGGCUCUUCCAGGCGAACCUGCAGAUGCGCCUGCUGUGCAACCACGGCACGUUCCAGCGGCCUUUCUCCUGGAAUCGCCGCAGCUACCGCGACGAGCGAGAGGCCGUGGUUUCUGCGCUCGGCCAGAACGGCGAAAUCACCUGCUCCGGCUGCCAACUGCCGAUGCCGAUCCUGGGGCUCGGCGGGCUGGGCAACGGCUUCCGCGAGCAGUGCGCUCACUUGCUGUGCUCCGAGUGCCUCGAGGAGUCGAGCAGCACGCCCGGCGCCGCGGGGCAGACGCAGCACUGUCCUGUGUGUGCGCAGCGGCCUGCGGGUGCGCCGGUCGAGGCUCGCGGAGCGGCGGGAGAUGCGGCCAUGCCGGACUGGCCGGCCAAACAGGCGAUCGGGGAUGACGAUGACUCCUAUUUCAACUCCGAGGGUCACUCGACGAAGAUGCGGGCGUGUAUCGAGGACGUCCACACGGAUCUAUGGACGACGAAGAGUAUUAUUUUCUCGUGCUGGACUCGAACGCUAUACCUCCUCUCCAAGCACCUGCACGAAGCCAAAAUCCCUCACCUCCGCAUCGACGGCAGCUGUUCCCUCUCGCAACGACAGGCCAAGCUCGACCAGUUUUCUGAAGACGACAAGAUGCCAGUGCUCAUCAUGACGACAGGCACCGGUGCGUUCGGGCUAAACCUAACCUGCGCCAACCGCGUCUUCAUCCUCGAACUGCAGUGGAACCCCAGCGUAGAGAGCCAGGCCAUCGCACGCGCCAUCCGGCUGGGGCAGGAAAACGAGGUACACGUCACGCGCUACGUGAUCAAGGAUACCGUAGAACAAGAUAUGAGGUCCCAGCAGCAGUGGAAGAAGCAGAUCGCAGCUCUGGGGUUUGAAGAGGUGCCGGAUGUGAUCGACGAUGAACAAGGAGUCUCCUGAUGGGAUCUAUAACAGUCGUGCGGUAAAUAAGGAGGAGUUCUGGACCCGAAAGGUGGGCUUGGAUAGAAACGGUCAAUGACUACGAAGUGGUGAGGAAGUAUUUAGGAACGAUAGAGCCGUCGGUGGUACCAGAGGACACAUUGCUAUUGUAUGCGACAGCCAU